AUGAACGCAUGCAACAAUAAUACUGGCGGCGCCAGUCCUGCAGUCAGGUCGUACGACGGUCCAACAGGUGAUGUAAAUAUAGCAUUCCUUCACCUGGUGGAGAAGCAACUUCUUCCUGUCGCACUCGGAUGCGGGGAGGGAAAACACUCACAAAAUUCAUUAAUGCCUCCUUCAGUCAUUGAGAACUCAGCCAUUUACAGGGCAGUGGUUAACUACGCACGAGAAGAGGCUGCCCGUAAGAGCAACGAUGGUGACGGGCCGCAUCCUCACAAUAUUGGCCGCGAAGGAAGGAAUAACGAGGGAAAAACAUCUGCCGUGGCGGGGACAAAUGCGACACCUGCCGUAAAGGUAUCGACAACACUGCUGGAAACCGCAGGCGUACCGGCAGCAGCGGCGCGUAGGGGUGUAAUUCCGCGUGACCCUCUUCUUCUUCGCAAACUUCGUCGACAGCAGCAAUCCCAGCUGCAGUCAGGCACUGGAAUGAGUGGUAAAACAAUUACUUCCUCGGUGCCGACAGCCAUUCACGGAGGUUAUGGCGAGGAACGCCACUGCAGCAGCAGCAGCGGCAGCAACACCGUUAGUAAAGGGAGUACCGAAGAAAACAUGUUCCGUCAAGAAGUACAAGUCGGUUUGCAUUGGAGCAAACGACCACUAAAGGCGAUGACAUCUACUGGGUGGGACGUCUUCCGUCAACAGAUAGGCAUUCGCAUAGAAGUUGUGGCUCGCCGCCGCCACGGUUCCUCCGUCACUGGCAAUAUCAACAACAGCGGUGGUGCUGGUGCUAGAAAUUCUUUAGCCACCGCUUUCAGCGGUGAAGCAUUACAACCCAUACGCUGCUGGGAGGAAGCCCGUCUGCCUUUGGCACUUGGUACGGUGGUGGCUCGGCGAUUCCUUCUGCCAACACCCAUUCAGUCGCAGUGCGUCCCGGUAGCCCUGGCACCUUCUGGUGUCGAUGUUGACGCAUCCCCACCAUUGGGAAGCGGACGGAUCGAUGUACUUGCUGUAGCUGAGACGGGAAGCGGGAAAACAGCUGCUUACCUCAUUCCAUUGCUCGCGACAAUUGUGUCUCCCCCGUCGCGGCUCAAAGGUGACCGCAGCGGGAAGACAGGUGACGACGGUGGUAACAGCAGCGCUUUUAGGAAAUGUGACGAGGAUCGAUUUGCAUCCCAGGGUCCGCUGGCGCUCGUGGUGGUUCCCACGCGUGAGUUGGCUGAUCAAAUAACGCGAGAGGCACAACAGUUGGUGAGCGGAAUUCCAGACAACGAAAUGAAGUCGCUGCUGCAGCACGAGCGCCCCGUUGUCGUGCCUUCCACUGAAGGGAAGCGGAGCAACGACCCACCAUAUAAUGCACUGGAUGAAAUACGUGUUGUGAAGAUUGUUGGGGGCGAGCGGGCAGAUGCACAGUACGAGGAACUACUAGCCGGGGCUCAUGUUGUGAUCGGAACUGUGGGACAGCUCGAGGCAUUGCUACUGCAGCGUCUAUUGGCACUUGGAAGUGUAGGCAUCGUUGUGAUGGAUGAGGCGGAUCGCAUGCUCAUUGAACAGCAGCAACAACAGAGUCUUAUUGCUGUGUUAGAGCGUUGUCCGCGGCCGCGGCAAACUCUCAUGUUCACCGCAACACUUGGUAGUGUGUGCGAGGGGAUUGCAAAUAAGUAUUUUUCACUCGAUGGAUACGUCGUGGUGCGUGUGCCGCACAGCUGCUCCACCAUCGUGCAAGCGUUUGAAGUGGUGCCGAGUGACCCGGAUACGUCGUCGACGGUGGAGUUCCAUGACAAAGAGGGAAAUAAGGAAGUGAAAGGAGAUGAUGGAAGAAAAGCUCCGGCAACGGAAGGUAAGAAAAAUGGGAAAGGGGGACCACAGGUAAGUGAGAGGCGUAGGAACCCAUUGGUACACCCUGUAAAGUUUUCCCGUCUUGUUAAUUACUUGGUGUACGCCACGCCACCCAUUGUGGUGUUUGCCAAUGAGAAACGGACGUGCGAUGCCCUAGGUAACGAGUUGAGUGCUGAGGCUUCACGGCUCAUGAAUUUGGCGGACACCUUCCCACUGGAAACCCUCGUUGGUGAGACACCGAAAGCACUUCAGGCACACAAGACUCAGCGGUUGCCUCGGCAUGGCCAGUCCUCAUCGCCUUUUGACAAUCUGCGCUCCGUGGCAAUCGUCCACUCAGAGCAGUCGCAGGUGCAGCGGCAGCGUCUCGUCGACGCUUUUCGAAGCGGGGGGCGGCGGGUAUUGAUCACAACCGACUUGUUAGCCCGCGGUCUGGACGUGCCAAACGUCAUGUUGGUGAUAAAUUACGAUAUGCCCUCCGUAGUUCAAGCUUUGAGCAGUGAUAAUGCCAGUCGAAGUGACGGUGAAGAGGGGGCGGUACAGAGGUAUAUCCAUCGUGUGGGGCGUACAGGUCGCGCAGGUGCAAGUGGCGUGGCGGUGUCCCUUGUAGCGCUUCCGUCAGCACUUGUUCAGAGGGCACAGCAACACCUUUCCCGUAAAGGCGAUAAAAGUGGCUUCAGUAUCGGUGGGGACGGGACGAAUAAGCAACGCAGCGGUGGUGGUAACGAUUUUGUGCUGGGAAAUGCGUCACCAGUGACUGACACAUGGUCCUCUGAAAAAUCCCGGGCGCAGAAACGGGACCGGUGUGAGCUGACAGGAUCGAGAGCGGACGCGGACACCGAAGAUCUGUUCCCGGAAUUGCAACAAGACGAUGGAGAAUAUAACGACAGUGAUGAAGAUGGCAAUGUUGAUGGCGGGGGUGACCAGGGCCGACCGUAUGGACGCAAUGGGAGGGCAAAAGGUGAGGAAUCGCUGACACGGCAGCGCACGGAGGGAAAGCAAGCUACGAACCACGCGCGGAGUCUGUUUCAAUCUGAUGAGGCGGUGUUACAGCCGCUCUGGGCUUUUCUCGUAAGCUGUGCUGAGGCAAACUGCACAACACCCGCGAUCGGCUCCGACAUCAUCCAACAGCAAAAGUGCCGUCAGAUUCAGAUUCCUUCCGUGCUCGCAGCCCUCAUGCAGGCGUGUGCUCAGCGCUCCCCGCAUGGCACCAUCACAACUUAA